UUGCCGGGCCCUGGACCAAGGAGGCAGGCAGUGUGAGAGCAUCGCAAAGCGCAUCUGUAGCCAAUAUGAAGGACCGCACACAGGAGCUCAGGAGCGGCAAGGACAGUGACGACGAUGAUGAAAUCGUUCACGUUGACCGGGACCAUUUCAUGGAUGAAUUCUUUGAACAGGUGGAAGAAAUCCGCGGCUGCAUUGAGAAGCUGUCGGAAGACGUAGACAAAGUGAAGAAACAACACAGUGCCAUCCUCGCCGCCCCCAACCCGGAUGACAAAAUCAAACAGGACCUCGAGGAUCUCACGGCUGACAUCAAGAAAACCGCCAACAAGGUCCGCUCCAAGUUAAAAACCAUCGAGCAGAGCAUUGAGCAGGAAGAAGGGCAGAACCGAUCUUCUGCAGAUCUGCGAAUUCGGAAAACUCAGCACUCCACCCUGUCUCGGAAGUUUGUGGAGGUGAUGACGGAAUACAACGCCACUCAGUCCAAGUACCGGGACCGCUGCAAGGAUCGGAUUCAACGACAGCUGGAAAUCACCGGCCGAACUACAACCAAUGAAGAACUGGAGGACAUGCUGGAGAGCGGCAAGCUGGCUGUCUUCACCGAUGAUAUCACUAUGGACUCCAAGAUCACGAAGCAGGCCCUAAACGAGAUCGAGACCCGCCACACGGAAAUCAUCAAGCUUGAGAACAGUAUCCGCGAGCUCCAUGACAUGUUCGUCGACAUGGCGAUGCUCGUCGAGAGCCAGGGGGAGAUGAUUGAUCGUAUCGAGUACAAUGUGGACCACUCGGUGGAUUACGUAGAGCGUGCCGUUUCGGACACAAAAAAAGCUGUAAAGUACCAGAGCAAAGCUCGCAGGAAGAAGAUUAUGAUCAUUAUCUGCUGUGUGGUCCUGGCAGUCGUCAUCGCCUCCACCUUCGGAGGGAUCUUCGGUUGAUGGAGCCUCGGUUGGGGGGGGGGUGCUUGACCGGGGGUUGGGGACAGACCGGUAGCUGGGCUAACCCCACCCCUUGCCCCCACCCCUCGGGGGAGGGGAACGUUGCUGUUGUCGUGUUCCUGCCGUGCAAUUUGCGUGUUUGGGGCAGUCACCUGUGUCCUUCUGUGCUUCACCCCAGAGGCAGGGGUGAGGGGGGAAAAGAGGGAGUGGGGAUCAGGGAAAGAAGGGGGGCAGCAGAGAAGCUCUCAAAACUUCCCCAUCGUCCCCUCAUUCCACCCCCUCUACUACUUCCCCCCACCGUGCCCCCCUCACCUGCUCCUUUGCUCCCCUUGCCUCUCACUCCCUUCACCCCCUGACAUGCCCCCUCACUCCCCUUACCCCCUCACUCCCCUUACCCCCUCACCUCCUCUCUCACUCCCCUUGCCCCUUCUCUCCCCUUACCCCCUCACCUGCCCCCUCACUCCCCUUACCCUCUCACCUGCCCCCUUGCUCCCCUUACCCCCUCACCUGCCCCUAACUCCCUUUUCCCCCUCACUCCCCUUGCCCCCUCACCUGCCCCUUGCUCCCCUUACCCCCUCACCUUCCCCUAGUCCCCUCACUCCCCUUACCCCCCACCUGCCCCCUCAACAUCCUUCUUCCCUCCUUCACUGUGGUAGGCCUGGGGAAAGAGAAAAGAGGGAGGAGAGGAGGGAAUGAGGGGGAGAGGAGGGAAAGAGGGGGAGAGGAGGGAAUGAGGGGAGGGGGAGAAGGGAAG